CAGUAAGCAAAUAAAUUAAUAAACAAAAACAUAUAUAUCAGUUUAGUUUUCUUUUUAGCAAUUUUGCCAAAAAAAUCGUAUGACGCUUUAAGUGAUCCGCUUCCGGAGACAUCGGCAUCAUCUCAAAAUGGUACGCAAAAAACGAAUUUCGCCUAUAGUAAUUAAUUAUUUAUUUGAUAUUUUCGUUUAAGAUAUUCUGAAAGCUUUGAGGGAAGUCCUGAAUGGGCAAAAGGAGUCCAACGCACGGCUGGCAAAGUUAGAGGAAAAUCAAACGACUGUAAUGCAAAAUCAAGCCAUUCUUAGCCAGGGAUUGGCUAGUAUUGUAGCCAACCAAGAGGAGAUAGCUAAGGAGCUAGAGAAAAUAAAUAUAAGUAUCGAAAAGAACCCGGAGGCGAUGGCUCAGACGAAGGCGCUAAGAGAGUGUAAGGUGGCGGUUAGAAAAAUUGAGAUGUCCGUUUGCCGCCUGACGGGAGAGUUGGAGGACACGUUCAUGAACGAGGUCACCAGCAUGCUCCCAUUAGCAACUACCACUGGGGUGCUGAAUGUGGAAGAAAGGCUUCAAGUUCAAGAGUUUGCCCAAGCAAUGACUUCAUAUUUGAACAAAAUGAAGGGGACAUCAGAAGAUGUCGGCCCUGUCAUUCGCGGCAUCUUCACGGAUGACCUGCUUCACAAUUACAAUUGGGACGGGACAUGGGAGAAACAGGCCCUUAAUAAACUUAAUUUUAUUAAUAAUAUUCUGCGAG